AUGAAUAAAUCAAGCAGUUUAAAGGAAAAUUCUUCCACACCUAAGGCGGUUAAGAAAAAAUGGUCCAGAGAUACAAUCGUCACGGAGGGAGGAAUUACCCUUGACAAGCAGGAAACCGUUGUCAGUAGGGCUAGCAACAAUCUGGAGAGGGACGCAUCCCGUGAUGUCGGUUAUGGAAAUUCAGUUAAGUUCCUUUUAGAAGAUGGACAAACUUACGGGACGACCUCAGGACUAGAUAACGCAACGAGCUCGAAAAAUUACGCUUACUCUUGCGACAACUCUUUUGUGAAUGCUUCAUCUGGGGAUAACUUUUCUUAUGCUGCUGAUAGGAGCGCAAAUGGUCAGCAGAGUCCGUUCCCGUUUCAUGCAAAAUUGAAUAGCCAGAGCAAUUGCGGUAGCGGUAACUUUGGCGGUAGCGGUAACUUUGGCGGUAGCGGAAGCGGAAGGGGAAGCUAUGUUGCAAGUCGCAGCUAUGGUGGGAGCGGCAACUUUGGCAGCGGCUGCAACAGUAGGAUCGCCUACAAUGCAGAGAAUGACAUCACAAAUUUAGAAAAUUACGACUACCUAGAUGUUGAAACGGCCCCGAACAACCAUCAGAACGAGAACAAUUUCCCACCGCAGGAUACCUAUUCUGGAACAAACAGACAGUUGUAUUCUGCAUCUAGCACCUUAUCUCCCAUGGACCCAAGACAUGCUAACAUGAGUCAAAAUAUUUCCUAUCCAGAUCUAUAUAGCUAUAGGAGCUAUUCGAGCAGAAGUCCUCAGAUGGGAGGAAGGACAUGUUAUUUCCCCUUGGACGGUAAGAGAGGAGCUCGUUCUUUGUGCAGUUCCCCAACUUUUUCAGGCUACGAGAAUGAGUAUUAUGCCUACCCCCAUGGAGCUAAUUUUAGAGACUUCCCCCCACAUCUGUACUACUUGGCGAAGAAGGAAGAUGAAGAAAGGUGUUGUCUAAAAAAAGGAAUCAACUGUCCCCUAUCUGGCUGCAACCCACACAUGGAUGACUCAUAUGAGUACAUAAUUCAGGCACCAGAAAUGCCAAUCACCAUUAAAGGUGCAAAGAGAAAAAGGUUCGAUAUGUUCAAAAAGAUCACCUUAACUGUGGGGACCUACUUAGACGACGUGGUAAAUGUAGUGAUAGGCAUGGUAGAGUCCUCCUACAAAUGUAUAGCGCGGAACAAUAAAACGAAUUUGUACGAUUUGUACCCAUUUUAUAAUCCAGAUCCCUUUUACUCGAGAAAUGAGAGGCCAACAUUAAAAACGGGAAGCAAUUUAUUGGACAGAAUAAACUCUGCCCUAGAUGGAACGACGCUGGAGAAGCACAAAACCCUGCCGAGAGACUUUGGGAGAGUUACCAUUCCGAAGACGCAGAAGACUGGGAGCAAGUUCGUCGACGGGAUGAAUAACAUGCUGGACAAUUUGCUGAACGAGCCUUUGUCUUACCAAAAGUAUGACUACUUCAGUGAUCGGUGUGAGAACGGGCCCGGGGAACGGCGCUACGGGAUGGAGAAGUAA